AUGCCCCCUGCUUAUGAUGAUGAAGCUGAUUAUGAAUACCAUGAUGAGGUCCCAGAAUUCCAAGACGAGGCGGAAUUUGACGAUUAUAUGAAUGAUGAAGAAUAUAACCUCAUGAGUGAGAUGUUUCCGCGUGCCACAAAGGAACUGACAGAUUACCAAGGCUGGGACAAUUUGAAGGUAAAGCUGGCAAUUUUUGACCAUGAGUUUGACUAUGAAGAAGCCAUGAUUGACUUGAAAAGAACUUUGAAGAAAAAGAAAACAGAAAAGCCCCAGCCAAAAAUGUCUGCUUUAGAACGACUGGCAAGAGAUAGAGCUAAGAAUUUUAAAAAAACCCAAGAAACAUCUACUGAUGUUCCAACUCGACUCAACAAGCUAUCAUCUCUGCAACGGCAAACGAAAGACACCGCAUCGCAUGCGUCGUCACCUGCAUCCCGACUUGCUCACCUAGCAGCAUCGACUAGAAACAAACCGAGCCAAAAGUAUAGCGGUCCCACGUUGUCCGCGGACACAGAGAAAAAUUCUAAUGCACUGGUCGAGCCGAGAAACACAGGUUCUUCUUCUAAAAGUAGGAUGACCUUGGUAUCGAGGCUCUCUGACCUACGAAAGACUCACCGUAAAGAUCAUAGUGCCGCUGAAAAUGUGUCUGUGGAAGAGACAACCAAACCAGAGUUCAAAGCUGUACCGAGACUCACGCCUGCAAUUUCACAAGAUUUGGGGUUUGGCGAACUUACAAAAAACUACAAUCUUCUCCACUUUUCUUCGCAACCAUCAGAAGAAGUCGAACAUCUUCAUAUCACAAAAAUAGUAGUAGGAAGUGACGCAGGACCCGUAGUCCAAGAUUCAAGGUUGAAGCGCAAGCACAGUGAGGUAUUUUCCGUGUAUUAUCCCGAUACUAACAAACAAACAGCAAAACGCCAAGCUCUGAAUAACUUCCAGAAAAAAAGUCCCGAUGAUGUUGUUAUGGAAGCUCAAAAACGUGCAUUUGAAGCUACCAAAGGCAUCGAGUCUCUUUCUCUCGACAAAUCUAAUCCCGCUAAUGUGUCGAAGGGGAAUGCAGUGCCCAAGAAUUCUCUAUCCGAGGAUGAGGAAGAUGACAGGCCUUUUGAAGCUGAACCCAAAAUUCGUACUUACAAGAAGGCAACGGUCGCAACAAAACCUAAGAAGCCCGUUGACCUCCAAGCAUUUAUUGCUAGCAAGAAGCCACACCUCAGUUUUGUUGUCAUAGGUCACGUAGAUGCAGGUAAGUCUACCCUAAUGGGCCGUCUACUUUAUGACGUUGGCGCUGUUGAUAAUAAACUGAUCAGGAAGCUGAAGAGAGAAAGCGAAAUGAUCGGUAAAUCGUCGUUUCAUUUAGCUUGGGUAAUGGAUCAAACUGCGGAGGAAAGAAACCGCGGAGUUACGGUUGAUAUUUGCACGAGCGACUUUGAGACUGAGCAUGCUACAUUCACAAUCGUGGAUGCCCCUGGUCACAGAGAUUUUGUUCCCAAUGCUAUAGCUGGUGUGAGUCAGGUGGAUGUUGCUGUCCUCUCCAUCGAUUGUAGUACGGAUGCAUUCGAGUCAGGCUUUAAUCUGGAUGGCCAAACUAAAGAGCACACUCUACUUGCCAGAAGUCUUGGUAUUAGACACAUUGUGGUAGCUAUGAAUAAGAUGGACAGUGUAGAUUGGUACGAAGGGAGGUUCACUGAUAUUAAGUUUGAGUUGCUGCAGUUUUUCGAGGACAUUGGUAUCAAAAGCGAACAAGUAAGCUGGGUGCCUUGUAGCGGCCUAUCUGGUGAAGGUGUUUACAAGACCAAGUAUCCUGCGGGACAAACUUGGUAUAACGGCCCCUCGCUAGUCGAGUCUUUGGAGGAAAUCUCAAAAGUCUUUAGAGUCAGUGACCAUCAUGACAUUUUGGAGAAACCGUUUCUUUUUUCCAUAUUAGACGUUGUACCAGGUAGCAAAGGCAACGACGCAAUCCUCUCUGGUAAGGUAGAGUCGGGUAGUAUACAAGGCGGAGAAACAAUAACAAUUUUUCCUUCGGAGCAAAGUGUAGUGGUGGACCAGAUUUUGACAGGCAAUGCGCAAACACCGACCCCUGCCGCUAUAAGAGGUGACUUUGUGAGUGUGAAGGUUCGCAAUGCAUUUGUUGACGAUAUUCAAAGUGGCGACAUCGCUGCUGUUGUUGGUUAUGACAUCGGCAGUGCCCAGGAGUUUUCAGCCCAACUCUUAACGUUCAAGUUGGAUAGGCCAUUGCUACCAGGAACGCCAUUCAUGUUUUUCAGAGGAAGUUGCGAACAGCCCGCCAGAGUCAAGAAAUUGAUUUCACUAGUGGAUAAGGCGGAUCCCGCAAGAGUUGUCAAGAAAAAGGUAAAACAUCUUGGUUCCAACCAAGCUGCAGUUAUAGAGAUCGAGCUCGUAGAGAAGAAGAGGAGGAUUCCAAUGCUGACCAUUGAACAAAACAAACAUUUAGGUAGAAUCGUGCUGAGAAAAGAAGGAAGGACGAUCGCUGCUGGUGUUGUGAAAACCCUUGAAAUGUAA